AUCCUAGUGUUUGUGAAAUUUUAGAUGUUUUGUCACUGUUUAGAUUCUCAGCCAAAUGUAGUGUGAAGAAGCAUCUAAUCUUUUGACUAAAGGAUCUAUUGCAAGACAAGUGAAAUGGUUGGUGGAGGAGUACCCACUGUCACUGGCUUGUCUCCUAUAGAAGGAGUUCCAGGCACCAAAGUCACCAUCAGAGGGGAAAAUUUGGGAACACAUCCAGAAGACCUAAUUGGUGUGAUCAUCUGUGGAGUGGACUGCUUGCUCACAGCAGAAUGGAAGUCAACCACAAAAGUUAUAGCUCGAAGUGGUGGAGGCAUUGGCAAAGGAGAUGUUAUCAUCAUAACCUCAUCUGGAGGAAGAGGGUCUUCCACUGUUCAGUUUAGAGGGUACCAAGAGGUGCUGAGUGCUGUGAAAGAGUCAGCAGUGUGGGUGGAUGAAUCUAUAAUCCUACAGCUGUCUUUUGGUCGGCAGCGCCCCUUGUCCCCUGGCCCCAUCCUGCACGAGGAUCCUCUUGGACUCUCUGUUGAAGGCAACACGUCAACAGAACUGGAUGCGGACCUGCCUUCUCUUUUUCCUGGCCAGAAUGGCGACCUCUCCUCCAGCUCCUUCAAUCCUGCCUGGUUCCUACUGGAGCAUCACCGCGCCACGGGCUUCCUUGAUCUCAAGGCGGGCCUGCAGCACCUAGAACGUAAAGUCAAUUCCCAAAAAGAAGGUCAAAUUUCUUUCCUGAAGGCCAAUGUCGGGUCUGUGCUUGAGCAGCUCGACACCCUACUCGAGCUCAAGACCCUGGUUGAGAGUGACGCCGCUGAUAUGCGCGUCAGCAUCGACACCCUCAAUUCUGCUAUUGCUAACUGCAAGAAGGAAGCAGACCAGCUGUUUGAAGACGUUUUGCAACGAAAAGAUAAGGCGGACAGCACGCGCAAUGCGCUCAAUGUUCUCCACAGAUUCCGCUUCCUGCUGUACCUGCCAGUGUCAAUCGAGCGCAACAUGGCAGAAGGGAAUUACGACGUCAUCAUCAACGACUACGCGCGCGCCAAAAGCCUCUUUGGCGACACUCACGUGCCGCUGUUCCAGCAGUUCAGCGCCGAGGUUGAGCGUCGCAUUGACCAGUUGCGCGAGGUGCUAUGGCAGCAGCUGCGUAAACUACCCGCACCUCUCGAGCAUCACAAGAAAAUAAUCAGGAACCUUCAACAUCUUGAAAGCAGCGGGGACCCCGCGUGGGAGUCGCUGCUGAGUCGGCAGUCACACCUGCUGUCUCAGCUGCACGCCACGCGGGACGUUAACCUCGCCCGCGAGCUCGCAGACCGCGACCACGGCAGCGUCGGGGACCACGGAGGCAGUGCAACGACUGCUGGAGGUUCGACUCCCGCUGCCAAGUACAACAGGAUUAUGACGUCUACGUUGGGCGACUAUCAGAGCAGUGCGCCGGUGCGCGUGCUGUUUGUAGAGGCUCUGUGCGACGUGCUGAGCGAAAACUUCCCUGACCUCUGGCGCCUCAGUCAGGCGUACUUUGGAGGGGAACUGCUGCCUCAUGAAGCUGUGUUGGACCCUACCAGACAGCCUCACUGUAAGUCGCUGCUGCUGGAGGUGAUCAGCGUCUACGGGCACCUGGUGCGCGGCGCCAUCUUGGGCCUGACGGUGCCUCUUGAGGCCAGAGAUGGCGACCUCUCGCAGUACUACAGAACCUGGCCCGACACGCCCAUCACCCUCAUCACCCCCUGGAUGCCCCAGGUGAUUAGACUUGUACGCGGUUGUUACUCGUCGCUGCUGACGCUGGAUCUGCCUAACGACGCGCUUGACAUCGUGUCAGGACUGCUGCUCGAGCUCAGAGUGCAAUGCCUGCAGUGGCUAUUUCAGCAAACUGUGGAGCACGUGAGGAAGCUCCACUGGCGGGAAAAGUGGGUGUUGGAGGAGCCUGAUGACCCUUCGGCCCCUGGGUACACGCAGCUCCCCAGCGUGUUCGAGAGUGUAGUGCUGGAGGCGGGCCAGGUGGUGAAGGAGGUGGUGGUGGAGUGUGGGGCACACGAGGCGCCCAUACUGCACCUGGAGGAGGUCCAAAGGAACCUCAGCACGCUCCUGCAUAACGUCGUGGUUGCCUUUGCACAGUCCCUGGAGCAGUUGUGCCUCAGUGACCCCGACGAUGACGUGGCCCCAGCACCCAAUCCCCACCCCUCCAGUGCUGCAGGAGGCGCUGCAGAAGAGGAAGCUACGGUGCCUCCCGGCUACGAGAAACAGAUCCUCGUGACGCUCAGCAACUGCGCCUACAUGAGGCAGACGGUCCUCAGGAGGCUCACUGACUCCCUCGUCAGGAUAGGAUAUCCUCACGACCAGGUGCAGCAGGGCAUCGACAGGGCGGCCGGCAGCUACGUGGAGCUCCAGGAGCGCCUGCUGGAGGCCUACCUGGAGGAGCGCUCCGACCCUGUCAUUGGUAUCAUCGAACGCUCAAUGUAUCUGGGCGGCUUUGACUGGUCCAAGGUGUACCAUCCUCCCAGCGACGCCAGGGCCUACGUCAAGGAAAUCCUACUCAACAUCACACAUGUUCAGGCCGAGGUGGUGAGCGUGUGGAGUGGUGAGGUGGCACUGUUGGUGGGCCGUGUACUGGAGGGCGUGGGGGAGGAGGUAUGCCGGCUGCUGAGCUGCGUGCCGGAGUACAGCACACACGGCACCACGCAAGCCGUCGUCGACAUCGAGGCGUUGCUGCUGCCGCUCACGCCCUACAUGACUGAGCCAGCCAGGGCGUCGUUUGCUGAAGCCAAGGAGCUCUUCCCACCCCUCACCCCCGAACAGCUCAAACACAAGGCGAAGGCGCUGGCGAACUUCCGCGAGAACUCGUCGAUGUUGCUGGAGUGCUUCGCGCUGCCGUCCUCCACGCCCUCCUCCUGACCGCCCUUCGUCACACUCAGACGUCUGCAGGCCAAAUGAUCCCUCGAGGUGCACUUUAAUGGCACAAGUAAUGCGAUUUCACCAAGAAAAUCCGAGUUGCCGAGUUCAAAUCAGUGAAGAGCAUCGACUGGAAACUUGGUUGCUAGCGGGUAAUAUCUUGCAUAUUUGAAUGGGACAAUACCUGUACCGGCAAUCACAAAUGAGACGACACUACAGAUAUUCCACUUAACUCGCUACGCGUAAAUACAAAUCGUAUAGUGCUGGUCAUAAAUACAAUUGUAAAUUUUGAUUAACAACUAAUAGUGUGAAACUAUUACUAGAAAGUUCACGUUCAAUUCGGUUGAUUAAAUAGAUCGUUUAGAUCGGAGGCGGCGACUUGUGUCUCAUUAACGUUAAGGCAACUGGAUUAUCUAACUACAACUAUAAAAAUGUUUCUUAGAAUGUUAGUGAACUUGUUGCCAUGCUCAUCCUCAACAAUCAAUCUAUGAUUACGUAACAGGAUUGGUCACAAGUUUUGAUUAUGCAGCGGCAGAAGCGAGACUCGUCCCUGGAGCACAUAGCAGCCAGUUUCCAUCAUAAUGUUGAUAUACAAUAUUGGGGACAAUUCAUGUGUCAAAUCAUUGUCGUGUGGAAGUGUUCCUGAAUUAGGACUUGUUAGUUUCUGCGCAGUUUUAACUUGUGCUUUAUGCGUGGGACCCCUCAGGGGGGACUUCUGACGCU